CUAUUUAUAGCUGUAUGCACUCAGAUCUUUUCUGGGAAUAAAACAUUCCUAUUUGAUGCUCUAAACCAGCACACGGGCCUCUGUUUACGCCCACCGCCUCCACUGAACUCAUUCAUACGCGCACGAAGUCCUUGUUUACAUCUGGCUUGACGUCUGAGGUCUUGAUGUGUAACUAAUUACAGAUUUCUUGCAUUUUAAUACCGCCUGCUCGACGAGUAACCCCUCAGAUAGAGAGUUUAAAAUGAUGUGGGAGUGGCGUAACCUUCAGUGUGUUUCGAUGAUAUCGGGUAAACAUGUAAAAGAUACUUUACAUUUAUUGAGGUUGUGAUUUUCUGCUGCACUUGCUGCUGCGCAGUUAAACCGCUGCUACAGAAAGAUUACCGUGUAAACACACCCUUGUAAAUGAUUGGUCGAGAGGUUUUAGCGCGGCGUGCCGUAGCCAAUCAGAAGAUUGUUUUCCUGUCACGUCGGUGCACGAAUAGUAAGCUAACGGAUAAUGCAAACAUAAACUAAAAUAAACAACGCGGAUUGUCGCUAAAGGUGGUAUAGCACGGGAAGGUUUGACUAAGUGGACCGUCUCUGUCUUGUUGGACUAUUAUUCGUGAAAAUGUGAUGCAGCCAUCACUGCGAGGACACACGAAUUGGGUAACGUGAGCUAACUACCGUUAGCAGUAGCCUGCUAAUUUUUAACGUUUCGCAAGGCCGCGGAGAAAUAGGAGAGCUGCUUCCUGCUCUGCUUUCACUGAGAAUGUAGGUAACACUACGACCCAAGAAACAAAAUCACAACGGUUAUCUGAGUAGCUAGUUUAGUUGAGUAAUCAUUUGCAUUUACGUUUGUUUAACUUGAGCUUGCGGGCUACCUAGCUUGUUAGCUAUUUGGCUAGCUAGCUAGCAUGAGUGAACUGACGGACUGCAAACAGUCCGCUGACUCUGCAUCGAGGAAACGGUGUCCAUCACCCGACCAGGAUGAAGGCAGCACGAUCCCCAGCAAGUGCUCAAAAGUAAGUGACGCAUCAAAUGAAGCGGGGGUCACUCCGGAAAGUUGCAAAAACAGUGAAGCUGAGAGUAAAGAAGCAAAUGGAAGCGAGGGCCAGUCAAAAGAUAGCGUGCAAGAACCAGCUGCCGUGCAAACGGAUCAGAGUUCAAAUAGCACGGGUGGCACCAGUACACUGCCUGUCAACAACUCCAGCACUGACGCUCACGAUGCCAGCAACACCGAAAAACCACAGUCCUCUGGUGCACAGGAAUUUGCUGACGCAAAGGAAGCUGCACAGAAGACAGCAGGAACUGAGCAGCGUCCCUCAGCUCCUCUGGACCAGUCCGACUCAGCAGCCAUAGCAGCUGCUGAAGCACUUGCCAGUCUCACUGGAGGAGACGGGGAAGACAGUCAAGAGACUCCUUGCUCAUCUGAAAAGGCUAAACAGAUGAAACAGGGGAGCAAAUUCAAACAGCGUGGGGGCCAGCAGUCCUCAAGAGCGGGCUCUAAAACGCAGGCAGCUGCAGCAGACAGCUCCACAUCUGUGCACAGUACUGAUAGAGAAGAUGCAGAUGAUGUGCCCGAAGCAGAUGAAGGUGAUGAAUCCAUAUCUGGGUCUUCAUCUACGCCAAGCUCAUCUUUUCCAUCAGACAAUGAGGACAAUGAUGAUGGGGAGUGUGCCAUUGUGUCAGUUAAGAUGGCCCCUGAGAUGAGACAGUCAGUGGCUCUCCUAGCGCAGGUACAGAUGAGACUGGAAGCCCUUGAGAAGAAAAGUGCCCGGCUUCACCAGCGGCUGGAGCUGAAGAUUAGUCGUCAGCGGCGCCCACAUCUGGAUCAGCGCAGCUCCAUUACAAAGACAAUCCCUGGCUUCUGGGUGACAGCUCUGUUGAACCAUCCCCAUCUCUCAGCUCACAUUGACGAGACUGAUGAAGAUGCUCUUAGCUACAUGACUGAUCUUGAGAUUGAGUCUUUCAAGAACAAUAAACUGGGCUACAGGAUCCGCUUCCACUUCAGACGGAACCCAUAUUUCCAGAACAACAUCAUCAUGAAAGAACUGCACCUCGGGAUGGGAGGGUCUCCAAUGUCUUUCUCCAACCCCAUUCUGUGGCAUCGCGGACAAAACCUGACGGCCCACAGCGAACCCAGGAAGUCGUCACGUGGGGUCUACCAGACCUUUUUCAGCUGGUUCAGUGACCAUAGCAACCCAGGACAAGAUGAUGUAGCACAGAUACUUAAAGAUGACCUGUACAGAGAUCCUCUGAGAUACUACCUCACUCCACUCUGGGAACCGAGGGAGAACGGCAGUAGUGGCACCGCAGCCAGAGCGGCUGACAACGGUAAUGGAGACGACUGUGUGGUAAUCUCAGACUCAGAUGACGAGCCUGGUGAGGAGACUGCUGAGGCUGAGCAAGGCCACAGCAGGGAGGAGGAAGAGGAGGAAGACGAGGAGGAGGAGGAGGAGGAGGAAGAAGAAGAAGAGGAGGAGGAGGAGGACAGGGGGCCUAGCGCAGAUGAGAGCCCAGAGGAGGAGGAUGAUGGUGGAGAAAUUGUGAUCGACGGCUCUGAUGACAGUGACCAGGAGGAGGAGGAGGCCUAAGAAGUGCAGAGGAGGAGGCGGUAUAUGUUGCAGAAGGCGAGUCAUCGAGGGACCAGAGACCAGGAGGAUGGAGAGGAUGCUGAGGGCGACAGAGUGUCAGAGCAAACAUUGAAUCCUUCUUCCUGAUCUUAGUCAUUUUUAUGCACAAAAUAUCAGUUUAUGUUUUUUUUUUAUACCUAAAAUACAUAGAAGCAUUUUAAAUCAGGGUUCACUGUAAUAAUAAAGCCAAGGCAGCAUGUUUCCCCUCUAUUUUAUACAGUCGGUACUGUGUAAUCUGAUGUACUCUAAUUCACAUUUUUUGCAAAAAUGUUUUUCUACAACAGCUUCAUACAAGUAGUGGUUCUUCUGUUUAAUGAAGAACAUCAUUAAACAGCCUACUCACACGCACACAAACACAUGUAGGUUAGAUUUGAUCGCCACUACUUACUGGCAUUAAAUUUUGCAUUGCAGAUUCUUCAAAUUAAUAACACUGAAACCUUCUGAGGCAUUAUUAGUGAUCAUUUCAAGACAAAGUUUUGGCUUUUUUUUUUUUAAAUGAAUAAUUGACGUGAUGAAUCAAACAUGUCAAAGGAUGAAUUUGAUAAUGACAACAGUACAUUUCAGAUGCACUGAGUACUGAACCAAAAUUUGUUCUCAGGGAUGAUCAUGGUGGUAGUUUUAUGGAAAGAACUUUACUGAUUCUCAGACAUUUACACUCUCUGGUUAUUGUCGGCUGUGUAUAAGGAAACGUGUACUCUACUGUAGUAAAUAGGAACAAAUAUUGUUUUAAUAUAAGACCUGUGUUUUCCCUCCUCUUCUGUAUGUUCAGUCUUGUUACACACCAAUCUCUGCUCCUGUUAACAGUCUGUAAACCAUCUCUGAUGUUUAAAAUCAUGGCGUAAUUUGACCAAUGUUUCUGUGGUUUCCUAUAUUUUCGUAACACGCUCCUUUAAGUAGUUAAGUAGUUGAGUUUUGUAUUUUUGGUUUGUUUCUUUAGAUUGUAACUUAAUUUGAAUUUGCUUUCUAAAACAAGGUUUGUUUUCAUGUUAUGUGUUAUAGGAUUUGUGUUAUCUUCUUUUUAAAAAGAUGAUAUUUAUUAUGUUGAUUUUUCUACACGUCCACAUUACGGCACGCCCGUGAGCAUGAAAUGUAAGGCAGGAUGAUUACAUAACUUACGAGGCUGUGUAGGGGGAAAUAAUUUGCGGUGCACGGUGUCAGUAAAUGUCUUAUAUUCACAGCAACAUUAUGGGGUGCACUGUAACAGAACUAGUAUUUGUAUUUGCUUACUUUUCUUAGCAAUGAACUUGUAAAUAAUAUUUCAGCAUUCUCUUUUGGAUAAGACAGUACACAUGUUUAAUCCAUGGAUAAAUUUAUCAAAUAAUCUGGAGUUUUUUCAUAAACAUGAUCAGAAAGUUAUAUUUUGUGUGCUGUGUUUUAUAGAACACUGUAGUUUAAAGAUACCUACUUGUUUGUUGCUUUGGUUAAUUUUGUUUGCUUGAAGAUAAAUGUCCACCUUUUGACUCAGACCUAAAUAAAAUAGGCAGUUGUUUCA